AUGGCUAUAAGUACCAUUACCUUACACUCGCACAAUACCGGACCAGUGGUUCUAAAACGUAGAACUGGUAUUUAUGGCCAUAGAGUAGAGGAGCUUGUCGACUUUGGAAAAGAACCUCCAGCUUUGUGUAAUGCAGGCCCAGUCGGGGAGGACCUCUGGAAUUGGCAAGCAACCAUUACUGGGCCUCCAAACUCGCCUUAUCAAGGAGGAGUGUUUUACUUAAAAAUUAACUUCCCCCAAGAUUAUCCAUUUAAACCGCCACAGAUUAGCUUCAAAACACCGAUUUACCAUCCAAAUAUUAACAACGAGGGAUGCAUUUGUUUGGACAUUCUUCAGCAUAAAUGGACGCCGGCUUUGACUAUUUCUAAAGGUAAUUGUGGGAACGAGGGAAUCCGUGUCAGUCAAAACAAGGUCCCUUCGGGAGGGAUACUGCAAAUAAGUUUAAUGAGAAUUUUUACGUGUAUAGAUGGUUCAUUAUUGGACGUUUUGUUGCCCCUCACCCAGCUUUUUAACAAGGAAUUUAAAUAG